GAGAGACUAAGGAUCAGGAGAAAAGUUCGCCAUGGUUGUACAUAUCGAGAACUUGAAUGCUUUCAGUGCCGCCCUGAAAAAUGCAGGGGACAAAUUAGUGGUGGUGGACUUCACAGCCACAUGGUGCGGCCCCUGCCAAAGGAUUGGCCCCAUCUUUGAAACUCUGUCUAAGAGUGAAGACUAUCAGAAUGUGGUUUUUCUGAAGGUGGAUGUGGACGAUGCAGCGGAUGUAUCCAGUCACUGUGAUAUCAAAUGCAUGCCAACUUUCCACUUCUACAAGAAUGGGCAAAAGAUUGAUGAGUUUUCUGGGGCCAAUGAACAAACACUGAAACAGAAGAUCAACGAUCAUAAAUGAACGCACACACCCCCACACACCCCCACACACACCUACACACACACCCUCCCACACACCCCCACAUUUGGUUUUUAACUCUCCCUUGUAGGAAGGUCCAUCGCAAGUGUAUCAUUCCAAAUAUCUCAAAAUUAUGGACCUUUUAUUACUAGGGGCUCAUGUGGAAUUUUUUUUAAUAUUAU